GCUAACAAUUGUUGUAUUUUAGAUACUGUCUGGAAUGGGAGGAGAUGUGUGGCAGCUGGGCCUCCAGCUGUGCAUUAUUGCUGUGCUGCUCUUUGGUGGAGGAAGAGGGAGAGAGUUCCCUGGCAGCCUGAACUGCCUGAAUAACUACAUGACUACUGUGAGCUGCAUGUGGGCAGUGGAGGAGCCCGUGGGUGACGGACCUUUCCACCUGCAUUUCACCAACCUAUGGUCAAAGGGCCAGAAUGCCAGCUGCAAACUGACUGCCAGGGAGAACAUGCAGAAUCAGUACCACUGCACAAUCCAUUUAGCCACCCAGAUCAUAGAAGCAGAUGGUUAUAGAGUCUCUCUCCGAGGCAACUUCUUUGGACGUAAUCACGUGUACGUUACCUUUCCAGAGUACAAUCCCCGCGAGCACAUAAAAUUUGAUCCACCUUUGAACAUCCAGAGCAACGUCACUGCCAGCAAGUGUCAGAUAUGGUGGAGUGUGCCUCUGCCUUGGUACCAGAAUGAACUUCUUCAGUAUGAGUUGCAGUAUAAGGAGUACAACAUGUCCUGGGAGAAUGCGUUGAACAAGAAACCACCUAGCUCACUGCCACAGAUACAAAUUGACGCCACAGAGCUUCGCAGUGGCAUCACUUACGUUGCACGAGUUCGCUGCAAAGUUUCUGAAAGUGAGAAUUCAUACCACAGUCAGUGGAGCGAGUGGAGCCAGACAACAAUGUUUCAAAGAGCAGGUGUACCAGAACUGUCUGAAAAGACCCUAAAUACCAGAACUAUGCAGUUCUUGUUCAUUCCCCUGAGUUUUGGCACUCUACUGUAUUUAUUUUGGAACUGCAAGCUUUCUUCAAGGGCAAAAAGCCUCUCCUGCUUUAACAUUCCUACACCAGCUGCUUUCUUUCAGCCACUCUAUAAUCUGCACAAUGGGAAUUUUAAGGACUGGGUUGGACCUAAUGAGGCUUGUAGCCAGCUCAGAAGAGAAGCCGUCAGCAACUCAAAGAAAGUGACUGCAGAUGGAGUUUCUGAUCUAAACACCCAAGAACUCAUUUCUCAGAUCUCAUUGAAACCUAUGGAAAGCACAAAUCUGGUUGCUGCAGAAGGAAACUUGGUAUUUGCCUCAGGUCCAAGCCAGCAGUAUGUCCCCAGCAAAUAUGUAAGAGCAGAAGAGAUGGAAGCGAGGCUGGGACUAUUGUUUGCACAAAAUCAUGCUGAUGAUACAGCUGGCCCGAAAAUCUCUGGAAUAAUUAAAGCCAACCUUGAGAGCCCUAGCAUGGGAAGGAAUUAUCCCUCUCACUUACAGCAUGGAAAGGGUGACUUCUUUAUGCUUCAGGAAUCUUUGGAGAUAGCAAAUGUGUCCUUCAGUAGUAGUGACUAUUGUACCUUAUGUGACAAUGAUACCAUAGGAGGUUUGAUUCCUGCUGAACCACUGAAGCUCUCCAAUGGUAAUAGUCUUGUCAAACAUCAGAAUGAUCAAAGUGGCCUUCCCUGAGAAAUACUGCCCGCAAAGAUCUUUGUGCUGUCUUCUCGCCUCCCAACAUUGUUUUCCCAAGUGGUUUAAAUGGUGACUGUGCAGACAACUACAAAUAUGUAUCAUUUUUAGGUAUAUCCUUAAUUUCUGUACUUCAAAAGAAUAUUGUGACCAACUCCUCUGGCUAGCAAAUACUACCCCUACAGGCGUGGCAAGGCCUGACUCUAGCAACAUCUGCUGUCUCAGGAGACGCAUGACUAUGCCCUUCCCUAAAUUAACCUCCUGGCAGCAGCAGAAGUCCAGCAACCCCCUAAUCUAAGGAAGCAGCAGCAGACCUGCUGUUUUUCCUCAGAGCUAUUGAAAUUGUGUGCCUCUCCGUGCCCUGCAAAAUGAUGCUUUCCAAAUCUCCUUGUGAGACAACAGCACUGCACUGCUUUCAGUAGAUAGUUCUUUCCUCAGUGUAAAUCAGAUUAACACAACAUUUACUCUAUCCUGAACAUUAGCACCUGCUGGACUGAGAAGAAGUAAUAUUCACAGUGUGCUGACCCAUGAUUUAAACUCCAUCAUUAUUUUAAAACUAUUUAUGAUUCUUCAUAAAACCAGGAUAAAUAAUUUUUGCUAAAGAGGGUAAUUUUGCUUCUUAAUAUGAUAUUGAGGACUUCAAGUGGUUCUUGAUUUCAUCAGAAUUUAUAAUUGCCCUCUUUAAAGGUAAUCAGGCAGUGAGCCUUGUUCUUUAUUAUCUGGAAUGGCUGUAACUUUUUAUUUUGCAGUAACUAAGCCCCACGUACUGCUUUGGUUUUAACAAAAAUUUAGUCCAAGGAUAAGUGGCUGGGCUGAUCUAAUGGAUAAAGGUGAAAAGUAAGGAUAGCACAAAUGAGGUUUAUUUACUCACAAGGCAGGCCAGGCCGACUGCCUCUCCAGGGUUUUAAUUAUUUCUCCAGAACUGAUGAGUCCUUUACCUAUCUGCUCAACAGGUACAGCCUUCCUGAGCCAAAUCUCUGGAGGUUUACUUUCUGCCCUAGACACAGAGAAUCCCAUAUAUGAUUGAUUUACCCACCAAGGAGAUUCCUGGAUUCUUAGUUACAUCUCCUAGAUUUAACGGGCUCAACACUUUUAGCAAACGUACUGAGAUGUGUACACAUGCAUCUACACUAGCUGGCACAUGCACACACGCAGUCACGCACACUCAUUCCCUCCUCUUUGCAAGUGCUUCCCUUGUCUCUCUGGUGACUGUUAGCACUGAUUUUUUCUUUUUUGACAAUGCAAAGAAAGAUUUCAGCUGUAAGUAACAAAGUAGAUCAAGACACCCUUCCCAAAAAUGGGUGCUAAGCCAGAGUACUGUUGUGGGAAGUCUUCAUCUGUGAGAAAAGCAGCAACAGAAUGAGGGGUUCACAUCCAACCUGUGUGACAGCCAUGGGAGGUGCCAGAAUCAAUUUGUUUUCAGUGUUGUAAACAAAGGGCUUUUCUGAUAUCUAAAAAAUUAAUCCCCUUUCUGGUCCUUUGUGCUUUUUAUAGUUUUUACAAAACUAUAUUCAAGGGUGCCUUUUAUACUGCACCACAGUCUAAUGGCAGGAGAAGAAUGUGAUGUUACUGUCAUUAACCGUUGCUACAACUUCCUCUGGAGAAGAAAAUCUGUAAAACAAGAUCACAUACAUGAAGGAUUUUGGUGAUCCCAAGGUUUUAGACGUCCAGUGUGGCUUGAUGUAGUGUCCUCAAUUUCAAAUCUUUUGAACCAGAGGGAUGCUUCCUGAAAUUGUCAGAUCAAUUGUGCCUUAAAUCUCUCAUAUCUUGACAGCCUUUGCUUAUGAACAUGUCUGCAUAGAAAUUGAAUGAGUUUCAUAAAAUCUUGUUCAGUUAGCAAGGUAUUCUGUACUCGUAAUAUUAGCAAAAGGAGAAUGGGAACAAUUAUAUUCAGAAAUAAGUAAGGAGCAGCAGGUCAGGCUAUGGAAGGGAGAGCACAAAACUUAAUGAGACAGAGAAACAAAAGGAAAUAGAAAGACUGAUUGUAGUAGGAAAUUACUUGAGAGAAAUUAAAAGUUAAAGAUGCUGCUGCCUGUGCCCAUCAGGCCAGGACAGGAAGACUAUAAGAACGGAGUUUGGAAAUUAUGACGGGCUGAUGGUUAAAGGGCUGAAAUGAUAUCGCAGCAUCAGCAGUUCUCCAGGUGAAAUUCAAAUAACUUUGAACUGCUUCUGCUUUUAUGCAGCUGCUUAUAAAAUGGGAAAAGUGCAAAAACGAGAGGUACCAUAGAAAAUGUUAGUUGUUGUAGCUAGGGAAAAAAGAACAAAAUACCUCUCCUUUACAAUUAGGUCUUUGGAACAAUCAAAGCCUCAAUUUUAUUCAGCCAACAAAAAAAUACAUUUUUUUUUUUAGAAAAGCAGUGUAUAAAACCCCAUUUUUCUGUCCUUUUGCAUUGUGUUUUUUUGUUUGGUUUGGGGUUUUGAUAUUUGGGGGGUUUUGUUUGGGUUUUUUUGUGUCAUGUUUGAGAUUGGUAUUAGGUUCAAGCUAUGGUUUUUUGCAGCUUCUCCCAGAAUCUCUGAUUUAUUCUAAGGCUCAGGUUAGCCUCUAAGUGUGAUAUAUAUCCUUCCAGUGGAAGAUAGAGAACUAUCAUCUAGCAAAGAGACGUAAUGUGGGUUCUGGUCAAGCCUUUGAAGCCUUUCAUUUCCUGGGGCUUUGGAGUGCAUUAUAUGUAUAUCAUGUGCAACCAGAACAAAGUGGCCGGUAUUUUCCCCUUUCUUUUAUUCCUGUUGAGUUUUGCCAGAGGAAACAAUUUCAGAAGAUAUUUAAGUAAUGCUUGUAAGCCACUAAGGCAUUGCAAAUGUUCUGUGACAAAGAUAUUCUUUUAGUUGUGGGUUUGUUGUUUGGUUUGGUUUGGUCUUUUUUUCCCUUAAAGUGAAUAAAGUGAAAGAACUAACACGGUAUGAUUAUUUAGAAGUAACUAAGACAGAGCAAUUAAUGCAAACUUUGCUUUUUCAGAAGUUACUCUCUGAGAGCUUUGGAAAGAACUUUAGUUUAGAAGGCAUUGAGUAUAUGAAUCAUUAGUAAAAAUUGGUUUGAAAACAUCAUAGAAGUAGGAGAGAGAAGAACUAAAUGCUCUACCUAGU